AUGCACUGGUCCUGCCUGGCUGCCAGGAACGCUGGCACAGGCUGCAUUCUGGAUGGCGGUGUGCGGUGCUGUGAGGCUGGGGAGGGUGCUACAUGCCGCCUAGAGCUGGGGGGCCUCUUUACCACCUUUGAUGGCUUCAGUGGGCUCACACCCAUGCCUGUUAUGUCCUCUGCCUAUGAGCUAGCCACUUUGGUGGGUUCCAGGCCUGAGGAUCCCGACUGGUUCCAUGUCAUUGUUGACUUCCUGCCCUGUCCUGGCUGUACUGCUCUCAAACCACGAGUGAUCGUCGGCUUCAGGGAUGGCUGUGCAGCUGUGGGAACCAAUCAGGAAAUAUGGGUGAACGGGCGACCCGCGCGGCUCCCAGCCCAAGUGUGCGCGGGCGUGGUCGCACGCUGGGCUGAGGGCUCCCGGGUUGUCAUCGAGCGGCCCCCCACGCUGCGGGUGCUGGUGGGGCCCGAGGGCGCCGUGGCCUUACGGGCCUCUCCCGCGCUGCGAGGACGCCUCCGGGCAGCCUGCGGGGACUACAACGGAGUUGCAGCCGACGACCUGAUGCUCCCAGGACGACUCCGGGGUGCCAGCCUAAUCGACGUGUUCCAGGCGUGCCGGGCUCCGGGCUUCAACAACUGCGCGGAGAAGCUGGUUACUCCAGCCGUGACCCAACACUUCACCGGCUGACGCCGUCCCUCUGAACGUCCCCAUGGCUAGGACCUCCCGACGCACACCUGCCCCGGCGAUGGGAACCCACGGACCUUCCCGAGAUUGUCUGAAUAAACAACUUAACGACCAAACCUGCUUGUGCCUGUAUCUUCCCAGUGGCCCCGCGCCCCGGGGACGCAAAGUCCCAACCUCUAGUUCCCCGUCUCCCAGGGUCCGGGGGUGAGGUCGGGAUCCGGGUCCCUUCCGACCCAAAAUCUGACCCCAGCGCCUCGCCCCGCUCCGCCUGGGUGCAGUCGGCUCAAGGGGACGGACUCCCCG